AUGCGUAGGCCUGGUGCUCGUGUUAUGCUCAUCGAAGCCAAAGGUCAGGUGGGUGCCCUUUCGAAUCUCAACGUGAACCGCACGAAUACAACCGAUUCAAAUCAUUUGAAGGCCAUAAAAUGUUCUUUUUACUGGAACAAUAGAAUGAUGUUCAAUGCAAUUAUCGAUUUUCGUACUGUCCAUUUAACACUCAAUUAUGGUUUGCAGGCACUUUUCAGGUACUGUGCACAGUUCGUUUCGCCGUCGCCGUCGGCGCUGACCUCGCUCGCCAGCCAGCUCGGCUGCAGUCUGUUCACGCAGGCGAACUGUGGAGUGCGCACUCUGCACCUUCGUGGCAUUCGUCACAAACGCGAAUUGGAUUUGCUUACUACAACUCAAUCAUUCCGUGAUGUUCUCGAAUCCCCUGAAUUGGUACCACUCUCAUCUCAGAGUGUUCACGAAUUCGUCGUUGAGAAACAGGUGUCACCAAUCAUCACUGACACCGCCAAUCGAUUACUGCAGACAUUGUACGACUCUCCUGAUGUUUCGACGUCGAUCGUUCAUCUUCUACUGGCGACUGCCAGCGAGAACGCAACUAUCGCCGAUUUGCUUUCAAGAUACGGACAUGGUCAAGGGCUGCUUAUGAAAGGAGGACUCCACAUCGGAUCAGUAGUGAAGUUGAAGACCACAUCGCAGUACUACACAGCCCGGCAGGUCAUCGUUACCGUACCUCCAGUGGUCACGUCGGCGAUACGCUUCAGUCCUCCUCUGCCUGCGGAGUUCCUGAGAUUCAUCGAGAGCUACGCUCCAACUGGACGUGCCUAUUACUUCACACUAACCUAUCCGAGCCCAUUUUGGCGUGGGCAAGGACGCAACGGGCAAUUAAUCUAUACCAAUGCUCUCGGCCCUAUUGUGUGGCUAACAACGUUCGAUGUCGGCUUGCCAACAAUGUGCGACGGGACGGGAGCCACCGGAGUGCUUUGGGGAAUCGCCCAUUUCUCGCAGCAGAUGACCACUUCACAACGGCAUGCCGCCUAUGUCGACAUCGUCACCAGGUCGCUAGGAGACUAUGGACAGCUGCCUCUUGACACCAGUGAUGAGAAUUUCGUGUCGGAUCCAUUCUGUCAGGGUUCGAUUGCGAUGCUGCCACCGAAAUUUGACGUCGCUGGCCUCCGUUACAUACGAGGAAUAAACCACCAUGGAGAGAGAGUGGUCUUCGCAUCAGCAGAGUACUCGAACACCUCAAUGGGACUCAUGAACGGAGCGGUGCUGUCAGGACAGCUGGCAGGUGCUUCUGUAGCGGAAAGGUUGCUGGACACCCAAGACGAAGCAGAAGAGGACAACGAAAUAGCUAACAUGGUUCGCCUCAGCGAUGAAAUUGACAAGGUUGGUGAAAAUCACGACGAGUCUGAUUCUUUAGAAGAAGAAACGACUCCUAGAAUUAAGGUCCAGUCGGAUUUUGCCUACCAGACUUCUACACAUUAUCCCCCUACCACUCCAGCAGACAUGAACACAUUCAAGCAUUUUAGUUUGGGGAACACCAACGGCGAUGUAGACAAAAGUGAAGCCGACGACUAUGAAUUUGAUAGUAAUAUGGAUGUGGAGUCGGAAUCCGUCCAAAGUUCCUUUGUCUAUGAAACAUCCAGCCAGUAUCCCCCAACAGAGACGAUUGAAACCUCAACAUUCAAACACUUCAGCUUCGGAAACGCCGAUCCAGUAGAAGAGUUCGUGCCGCCUUCACUCCCGUUGGAUCCAUCGGCGACGACCGCCGCGACCACCACGACGACGGAACGGACAACGUUCACUCCAGUCGAUCCCUCUAGAACUACCACUCCUUUCGAAUAUGAGACUUCAACGGUCAACAGUAUUCCACCAACUGUCGAAACAAGCACCUUCGAACACUUCAGUUUCGGAAAUUCUGUGAGCGGUGAGUCACUGUUUUAG